AAGUUGGACGUCAUUCGAGAAUUCCAAGUGAUCAACGGAACUGUGAAGAUGAGGCAACGCGGGCUGGCAACCAAACUCUUCUCACGUGUCGUAGCAGCCACCAAGGGACAGCCCGCGCACUACCAAGUGGCAGUAGAAGCCGCUCCAUAUCGGACCGCAGCGCAGACGCAGACCAGACAAGCUCUGCGGUCGUUGACGGUCGUUCCAGACUCCAGCAACUCUACGUCUCAUAGAUUCGCAGCUAUUGUCGGGGUCACAGCACUUGCUGGAGCGACGGGGCUCACUGUGGACGCAGCGGAAUCAGAGGCAAUUCCGGACAAAAAGCAGGGAAAGGUUAUGCGCUUUUGUCGAGAAUUUGGUGCAGUGACACAUUGCUGAAUUGAUCUUUUAUGCUGUGUUUGCAGCGCUUUGAGUACGCUGAAGCGGUGGACACCAUUCGCCAACAAGUGUCAGAAUUCCGCACGACACUCAAGAGUUCCGAGACUCGUAUUCCUAAGGCUUUCCCCAUCAAGAAGAUCGGGAUUUCCAGAAUCCACGCUCCCAAUGGCGUGUCGACGAUCCGGAUUGAGUUUGCGUGCCCGACCUUCGUUGACCGUGAAGCGAUCCUCGGUCGGUUCUUGCUACAGUUACAGAACGCAUCAAUACCGGGUUCUCGCCAGGCAGUCGAGGUGAUGCCGGCCCCGGAAAGCUCAACGAAGAAGUCGGUUGUGGAAUCUUAUCACCAACCUGCUGUGACUUACUUGUACGGUAAUGGCUCUGGAUCGUUCCAGUUUUUGCGCGAUACAUCAUCGUUGCAAGCGACUUCAAAGUUUGUUUUCUACAAGGAUGAGUACCUCACGCAAGGCGAGAUCGACGCCGUUGUCGGUGCCUACAAGGAGAUUUAUUCGUUUGCAAACGUGGAGGCGUUCUUCCGUCAUGAAAUGGAACAACGCCGUAGAAACGCACUUUUUGGACGCGGUAGAAACGCGACUGCUGCCACUGUCGCCCCACCUGAUAGCAAGGAAGAGGCGAUCCAGCAGCUACAAGGUCUUGGAAUUGAUGUGUUUGAGCCAACGCAGAACGAAAACAGUUUAACUUGGGAUAGCUUGGCUGGGUACGAGAAAGUAAAGCUGGAAAUUGAAGACACUGUAGUGCUAGCGCUUCAGAAUCCAGAGCUGUACGAGCGUAUUGCUCGUAAAACCCGAUGCCGUUAUGAGAGCAAUCGUCCCCGUGCCGUGCUUUUCGAAGGUCCUCCAGGUACCGGCAAGACUCUAAGCGCACGAAUCAUUGCACAGCAAGCAGGAAUCCCCAUGAUCCAUAUCCCUAUCGAGAGCGUUGUAUCCAAGUGGUAUGGUGACAGUGAGAAGAAAAUGUCGGCAAUCUUUGAUGCCUGUGAAAAGCUGGAUGGCGCCAUCAUUUUCAUCGACGAAAUUGAUGCACUUGCUGGAGAUCGUUCUGGCGGUACAAUGCAUGAAGCCUCGCGCCGUAUUUUGUCCGUUCUUCUCCAAAAGGUGGAAGGCUUUGCAUCUGCCAAGAAGACGACCGUCGUGUGCGCCACCAACCGGAAACAAGACCUGGAUGCUGCGCUGAUCAGUCGUUUUGAUCUUUCCAUUCGCUACAACCUCCCUGAUGAGAAGACUCGUCGUGCAGUGUUUGGCCGCUAUGCUAGGCAGCUCUCAGAAGAAGAACUUUCGCAGUUGGCCGCUGUGUCAUCUCAACUUUCGUGUCGAGAUAUUAAAGAGGUAGGCUAGGUUGAUGAUACUGUAACGUGCGUGGUCACUUAUUUGCCGUUCUGGAUGCUCGAAUAGAUUUGUGAAUAUGCAGAGCGCAAGUGGGCCUCGAAAGUCCUGAAGAAGGAAGAGACGACAGAAUUGCCAACGCUGCAGACCUACAUGGAAGCUGUGAAGAUUCACAUGGGUGGUAUCUCCAGUCACGGUCAUCGUCCAGACGUGUACGAAGCAUAAAUGAUGUAUAUCAUGCUGAACGUUGCUUGGCGCCGUGCUUAGCCACCGUCCAAUCAUUAUUCGAUUAAGGCCGACUUUGUGCUCUUCCUUAAAAGCUCCUGGUAUUGCUGGUUGAGCUCAUUGCCCAAUCUUUCCACAAGUGGCUCACUGCGUUCUAUUGAGCAAUACGCAUGGGUAAGUCGUCUUGAGUAAACGAGGAAUCGUGAGUGCCACCUACGCAGUAUCAUUUGAGCAAUUUUCAUAAACUUGAGAGCUUCUUCAUUGUCGUUCCCGCGGUGAUAGAGCACGCCCUUAAUGCACGCUGUUUAGCAAAACAAUUGAAGCUACUACUAAAGUAAUUUGUAGUACGUACGAUGUUCCACGCUUUCGCGACAAACCACUCCAUUUCGAGCUCAGGAAACGCUACGUCCAAAUUAUCGAGCAACUGAAGUACAUGCUCGAACCACUCGUGUGCUUUUGUCUUCGAUUCCGCCAGUGUAAUAAGCCGUCGCAGCAAAUAGCACAGCGUGUUUGAGUCGGGUGUCCUCGCUUGGAUCAGCAGUUGAAGCCUGCAAAUAUUUGGAUACACUUAUUCUCAUCAUCACAUCUACGAAACACACAUACAUGUAGGUCAUACCCGUAGCUAAAAACUUGUCCUGCUAGGAACCGAUAGCUGUCUAGAACCUGUCCAAGUAAAAGGUAUGAGGGUGACGUUUGUCAUGUUGACCUGAACAAGUUUUACUUACCUCUGACGCUUCAUUGAACUUAGUCGCAUACAGCACCAACUCUACUCGAC